UGCAAGUGGUCCCCCUCAUGGCCCAGUUCAGCCUAUGGAUUCUGCUGUUGUUAUUAAGUCUCUCCUUCAGUCUUGGCAGUGAAAGCAGCAACCUGCCCAAGGUCACUGGGUACCCAAAUGUACGGAGGAAGUCUAACGAAAGUUGCCCAGAAGGCAAAAAGCAAGCCCACCAUGUUGGAACCCAGCUCAGCACAUAUCAUUAAGCAGCCACGGAAGAAGAAGAAGCGCAUUCGGAGGCGGCGAAUAAAAUCCUGCGGCUCCCAACGGCAAAGGACCAAGCGCACCAGCAAGCUCAAAGUGCAAGGCAGAAGCUGCUCAGCCCUUAGGCUGCCACUCCAAAGCCAAGAGUGUUGCUGUUUCAAGGGGGCCAUAGUCAACUUCACACCAGAACCCAAAGUUGAAAUCCUUCCAUUCAAGGGACAGUUAAACAUUCCUGGGGUGAAAGCUAAGGAGAAAGAUGAGCCCAGCAAAAGGGUGGAGAGUUCUGAAAAACGAAAAAAUGUUAUCAGCAUAAGAGAAAACCCAAGGUUGAAACAACCCAGCGCUGUAGAGAAGAGGCAAUAUCAGGCAGUCUCCGAAUACCAGUUUAUAUAUCCAGGAAAGUCCGUUUACUAUUGCACUGGCAAAAAUGAAAACCAACAGCCUUGUACUCUCUCUACAACAAAUGCAAGACAUAAGCCAUUGAUCCAGAACCUUCAGUGCCAACAGGAGACAAAGAAAGCUCAAAGGGGGAAAGCAAGCACUGAUGCCAAAUGCCUGAUUGGCGGUGAGUUUCUGAGAAGCAUGCCCCUGAACACCCUACCGCACGGACUUGCCAGCCUGACGUACAAAAUCAAUAAAUUGGUGCUUGUCAACAAAGAGGCAGAGGCGUUCCCUGAAGAAAACCCUGCAAGCCCAGCAGAGCAACAGCCAGCUCCUGAAAAAGCAGUGCCCCCAGCAGACGUCUUCCGUGGGUACCCUGCAAGGAAAGGGGGCAAAGAAGGAUGGAGUGGAGAUAUGGGGUAUGACCCAGACUGGUUCAUACAAGGAGGUGCUAGGAAUGCGCCUACUGAGUCCCACGCGUGUCCAGGGAGCCCCCCGAAGCUGAGACCCGUGUCGGCAAAGGAUUGCUAUGAAGGCUUUUCUCUGACCCAGCUCUUCAGCAGCAGAGAGAAAUGGAAUGGUGAGACUUUUGGAGAAGUGGACACCACUGGAAUCCAGCCGGGCCUUGGCGCGAGCAGGAGAGCCGCUAUCACUCAUGCCCGGAGCGCCAUUGUCAUCCCAUAUAUCAGCCAGGACUUCUCCAGCGAAGGCAACUGACACCAUGGGUCCCCAGUUCCCACCCACCCGUGGCAUGUAACCAUUUGCCAGCAUGCAGUAAGGGAGAAAUGUGGCUGGGAUGCUUGCACCCCACACCCGUGAGGGAAAGGGGCAGAUAAACUCUUUUAAAGUCAUGAGGAGCUGGAGGUGCAAGCCCCCAUGGACUGACACCUGGUGGACUUCGGAUGCAGAAAUCCCAAUUUCACUGUCAGAUCUAGCUGAACAAGGACAAUGUUGGGGCAAUUUUUUAAAAAUAUACUCUAGACAUGUGAAAGUCUUGA